AUGACCACUGUCCCGUCUCCCCCUCCAGUGCCUCACCUGGAGCCUUCCAGUGCUGCCGAACCUGCCUGUCAGCGCCUGAUACCCAAAUCCCGGUUUCCGUUUUCGAUUUCUCUCCCUAAUCUUCGUGCGCCACCUUUGUCCAAGUUGAAAUGGAAAGGGAAACAGAAGGAAACCGACGUCGAACAAGAUUUGAGUGCUGCUGCUGCCGCCGAUGACGAGAACGCUGAGGACCCAUCGACUAUCAAACUUAGUGCCCCUCGUCUAACCGACGAUGAUGAAUACCAGGACAAGUACGAAUGGGCAGUGUUGUACGAAAAUCAGCGAGGGCUGACUCUAUUCUCAAUACCAUAUUAUUCAAGCAAUUCCCUCCUUCCUUCUGACCCAGCUCCAUUCACCAUGCCAAGCGCCGUCUCCCUCAAACGCGCUCACCAGCCCAGCGUCUCACUCAAAGAAUACCCUCUCCCAGACGGCAACUGGUGCUGGGUCUCCAACUCUUGGAUGGUCGAUAUGCGCUCCGACUCUGGCGAAGUUCAGCACGAUGGGUUCGAGUACAAUUGGAUAUUCCGUACACAUCAUUGGCACCCUCAGGUUGGUCCUCUGAGUGCUGCUGGAUGGGUCCGUCGACGACGCUGGGUUCGUUUGAUGAUGCGGCCGGGAAAGAAACGAAGGAUGGUGACUGAGGAAGGAGAUGGGAUGAAUGACGGUCCAACACCUACGAUCACGUCGCUUUCGCUUCGGAGUAGCUGGAAUGGAUGGGAUAAACGGUUAUCAACGACUCCCUCUUUGUUCACAAAUACUACUAGUCAGAGAGAUACGUUCUAUCUGCCGGAAGUCUGGCAAGGAAACGUCGAUGAAGAUUGGUUCAUGUGUCGAGAGCUCAUGAAAAUGGCAACAUCUGACGGUGCCAAAUUGGAACUUUGGAAACGAUGGCUUGGGCUCGCAGAGUCUACUGAUCCCUCCGAGACUAUUACCAAAGGAAAGCAAAAAGCAGAAGGUCUUGACGACGAUCAAUCAUUCGAAUGGCCUUCUGUCCCCCCUUUGGAAUACGUCAUUGCUGUUAUUCGUUCAAAGUUGACCACCAUCCUCAAAAACUUUUUCGUCUUCCCGGAAUCUCGACGUGUCUUCAUCGAAUUGUUAUUCAAGGCAGAAAUAUUCGACCGAGUUAGCGGGCUCGAGCAUAGCAUGACACUCGUCAAGGCUUUGGACUUUUGGAGCUUGAAUAGCGAGUUGGGAGAUCUGAAAUCAAUAUCUUCUAAUCACAUUCGGUCGUCAAAGAGCAUGGACGUCUAA